AUGUUCUACAACGAAAAGACGGGGGCAGUGCCCCCGGUACCUUCCAACCUCAACGCCAACACCUGGCAUACAGUCGACCUCCAACCCGCACCACAGCUCCAGCCACACGCUCACACCGCGCCAACCGUUACCCCUUAUCUGGGGCUCCGAGCAAGACUCUCACAGCUUUGGUUCAACCGCUGGACCAUCCUCCUCAUCCUCGUCCUCGUCCGCGUCCUCAUCCUGACAGCCGGCCUCAACGACAACAUCGGCGAUGCCAAGACAAAGGCGCUGUCGGCCUGCACCAAGGUUGAGGACAUCGGCAGCGCGAUGGCGUCCAUGCCGCACUAUCUCUCGGUGGGCGUCAACUCGAUGGCCGCGGACGGCAUCACCAAAACCGUGUCGGGCAUGGUAAAGAUGCUGAUGAUGAUUUUGACGGGCGUCGAGAACCUCAUCCUUUUCAUCAUCAACAUGUACGUCGGGACGUACGCCUGCCUCAUUGCCGCCCUUAUCCACGGUGGCCUAGACGUGUCGGUCAAGGUCGUAGAAGGCGCCACCAAGGUCAUGAACGACGCCAUCGGCACCAUCACCGGUCAGAUCACCGAGUCCAUCUCCGAUGUUCAGGACGCCAUCAACAAGAUCCCCGAUACCAUAUCCAGCUUCUUGGGUGGCGUAGACUUCGACCUCCCUAAGAUCGAUAUCACCAAGAACCUGGAUGACCUGGAAAACAUCAAGAUCAAUAGCAACGAGCUUGUCAGGGAUAUCGUUGCCUUGAACAAGACCAUCCCGACCUUCGACCAGGUCGAGAACUUCACCAAGAACGCCAUCGCCAUCCCUUUCAACUUUCUCAAAGAGCAGGUGAACAGCAGCUUUGGCUCGUACAAGUUUGACGAUUCCGUUUUCCCUGUGGCUGAGAAACAAGCGCUCUCCUUUUGCUCGAACAACAGUUUCCUCAACGACUUCUUCGAAACGCUGUUCAACGUUGUCCGGACGGCCAAGAUUGCCUUUUGCGUCGCAAUCCCCAUCCUGGCGGUUUUGGCGAUUGUCGGCAUGGGGUACCUUGAGAUCCAACGCUGGCGGAGAGAGAAGCAGCGCUCUCGCGAGUUCACCGAGCGCGGCUACGACCCGAUGGAUGUCGUCUAUCUUUCCUCGAGGCCGGUGACGGGCGGGUUCGGGUUGUGGCUGUCGGCCAAGUUCAAGAGUGUGAAGAAGCAGCUCCUUGUCCGGUGGACGAUCGCGUAUGGAACGUCGCUACCUGCCUUGUUCGUCCUCUCGCUUGCCUUCGCUGGCCUCUUUUCCUGCCUCUGCCAGUUCAUCAUCCUGCGCUCUAUCCAGAAGGAGGCACCGGCACUAGCCAACCAAGUCGGGGACUUUGCCGGAGAUGUGGUCGGGACGCUCCAGCAGGUGUCAACGAACUGGGCUGACGACGCCAACGGGGUUAUCAUCAAGCUCCAGGACGACAUUAACGACGACAUGUUCGGCUGGGUUAGCAACGCCACAACGGCCGUCAAUGACACGCUCAACACCUUCGACGACGAGAUCGACAAGGCCAUCACGGCCGUUUUCAAGGACACCAUCCUGUUCAACACGGCGCGCAACCUUGUUGGCUGCCUCAUCACCCGCAAGAUCGAGACGGUGCAAGAAGGGCUCACCUGGGUCCACGACAACGCGCACGUCACGCUCCCGCUCUUUGCCAAUGACGUCUUCUCGCAGGGUGCCAAUAAUAGCGUUAAUGGCGACAGCGACCUGACCAGUUUCCUGGCUUCCCCGUCCUCCGUCACGACCGACGAGAUCACCUCGGCCGUCAACCAGGUCAUCACCAAGCUCGAGCACGGCAUCGUGCAGGAGGCCCUGAUCUCCACCGCCCUCCUUUUGGUCUACGUCAUCGUCGUCCUCUCCGGCGCCGUCCGCGCCCUGGUGGCUUCGGCGCAAAAGGAGAAGACACGGGGCGAGGGGGGCGAGCAGUACGGUGUCAAGGCGCCCGGCAGUCGGGGCAGCAGCAGCGCCAGCAGCGGGAACAGCGACAACCACCAUUACCAUCACCACCACGACAACAGCGCCCCCAGUGACUUUGACCGGAAAGGCGUCAUUUACGCGGGCAGCGUCAAGAGGGGGCGGCCGGGCCCCGAGCGGUGGCCGUCGCACGCCAGGAAAAGCAGUUACCCGGAGGUGGAAGGCCCAGACCAUUAG